AUGCUUAUUGACGACAAGAGUAAUAUGGAACGUGCAAUUAGAGGAUUGGAAACAGAAAAAGAAUAUAUGCAAGGAAGAUUUACAGCCCUGGAUAUAGAAAACAAAGCCCUUGAUGAAGAAAACAAAGCUCUUAUGACUAAGGUUGCUUAUUUGGAAGGCAUUGAAAAGGAGGCGACAGAUGAUAGAAAGUCUUGGAACAAAGAGAGGGAAACAUUGAUGAGGGACAAACAUUCCAACCAAGAAAAGAUAAAACUUUUGGGGGGUGCAAGGGACAAUAUCCUUCCUGAUUCCUGCUUGAAGAGGUUCUUGGAUUGGCUUCCUUUGUGCAUGAUUUCGAUGGUAGCUCCCAAAGGCCAAAUAACCGGAGAGGAGCUUGGCGUCUUCAUGGGUGCUCUUGUGACCAUCACGGCCUACAUAGUGUCUUACUCGAAUGAAUUCAUCAAGGUAACGGCCCUUGGUGCAUUUGCUGCUUUGCUAGGCAUCUUCAUUGGUAAAAUCUUCAACAACAUUGUGACAUUCAUCUCCAUGGACAACACGGAUGGAUUUUGCACAAGCAUGAAGAAGGCCUCAUCCCAAGCUGAAAAAUGCUCAAGGGUAUUAAUCAUAAUUCAUACUGAAGAUAUCAGAGAUGGGUUAUGUCUAAUUGAGUAUCAAGGUCGCUUAGACAACAGGAAGGCUAGUUGA